AUUAUUAUCGUCUUGGUUCGGAAAUUUGGUCGAACACUCUGUGUGCAGUGGCGGAGCCAAAUCUAGAGAGAGAGAGAGAUGAGCAUCGUCCCCAAGGAGACGAUCGAGGUGAUCGCGCAGAGCAUCGGCAUCCCCAACCUCUCCCCCGAUGUCGCCCUCGCACUCGCCCCCGACGUCGAGUACCGCCUCCGCGAGAUCAUGCAGGAGGCGAUCAAGUGCAUGCGCCACGCCAAGCGCACGGUGCUCACCUCCGACGACGUCGACAGCGCCCUCAGCCUGAGGAACGUCGAGCCUGUAUAUGGAUUCGCUUCUGGUGAUCCUUUGCGCUUCAAGAGAGCUGUGGGCCAUAAAGAUCUCUACUACAUUGACGAUCGAGAAGUGGAUUUCAAAGAGAUAAUUGAAGCGCCUCUACCUAAAGCGCCUCUUGAUACUGCAGUUGUGGCUCACUGGCUAGCUAUUGAAGGGGUGCAACCUGCAAUUCCAGAAAAUGCUCCUGUUGAAGCAAUCUCAGCCCCUUCAGAAAGCAAAAAGUCUGAACAUGGCAAAGAAGAUGGACUUCCUGUUGACAUCAAACUUCCUGUUAAACACGUUUUGUCUAGAGAACUACAGCUGUACUUUGAGAAAAUUACUGAGCUUACCGUGAGUAAGCCUGACUCCGUCCUGUUCAAAGAAGCGUUAGUGAGUUUGUCAACGGACUCAGGCAUUCAUCCGUUGGUUCCUUACUUUGCAUACUUCAUCGCAGAUGAGGUGGCCCGAAGUUUAAGUGAUCUCCCCGUUUUGUUUGCUCUCAUGCGCGUCGUCCAAAGCCUUCUCCAGAAUCCGCACAUCCACAUCGAGCCUUAUUUGCAUCAGUUGAUGCCAUCAAUGAUCACAUGCAUUGUCACCAAAAAGUUGGGGCACAGGCUUUCAGAUAACCACUGGGAGCUUAGAGAUUUCUCUGCAAAUCUAGUUGCCUCAGUUUGUAGAAGGUUUGGCCAUGUGUAUCACAACCUCCAAUCCCGAGUGACGAGAACCCUUCUUCAUACUUUUCUCGAUCCGGCUAAAGCAUUGACGCAACACUACGGUGCCAUCCAGGGGCUCGCUGUGUUAGGGCCCACUGUGGUGCGCCAUCUUAUCCUGCCUAAUCUGGAAACUUACAUGCAACUGUUGGAGCCAGAGAUGCAACUGGAGAAGCAGAAGAAUGAGAUGAAGAGGAGAGAGGCUUGGCGUGUUUUUGAUGCCUUGUUGCGUGCUUCCGGUAAGUGCUUGUAUGAUCGGCUCAAGUUAUUUCCUGGUUUGCUCUCUGCACCAGCGCGUUCUCCUUUGAAUAAAUCAAGACUUGCAGUUAACUUGCCAAAUAAGCGCAAGCCGAGCACCAAUCUCUCGCCACAGCAGCAGCCACCGCUGAAGAAGUUUGCGGCGGAUCCGACAGCGAGUUCACUGCCCCCCAUACCCACACCAGCAAACUUUCAAGGGGCCAGCGCAGACGGGUAUCCGGCCCAGCCAUCCAACUCGGGGAUCGCGCCCUCCUCUUCGUCGGGGCAAAUGGCGAACGAGGGCAUCACGGGCGCAAUCAGAAGAGAUAAAGGCGGCGCGGGGGGCCGACCGCAGAACGUCUCGGCAGUACUAAGCCAAGCCUGGAGGGAGGAUUUGGAUGCGGGGCACCUCUUCGCGUCCUUGUUUGGCUUGUUUGGCGAAGCCAUAGUAUCGUUCGUGCCGCUCCCCGAGAUGUCGCUGUUGCCGUAGCUUACACAAUAAUCUCGACGUGAUUAUCGUUAAUCACGCUAACCGGUAGCUUUCGCCAUAAUUUAAUUUUAUAGCGGCAUUGGACGAGGUAAGAGACGUAAAUUGCUUUUAAAAUUUUUGGACUCUCUGAAACAUUACUAACUUGUUCCUCAACCUACCACUGCUUACCAUACUUAGUUAAAGUACAAGGUAUGAACAUAACAUAAGCUUCUGUAUUUAUCAUCAUUUUUAUCACAAGUAUACAACAUAGUAUGUCAUAUUUAUCUGCAAAUUACAAACUUAUUUCAAGCACUAGUUUUAAAUUAGAGCUUGACGCAUUGUACCGGCUCGAACGCUAGCACCUCGUUCUCCAGAUCGUAGAGUAUGUGCGCGUAUUCUGCCACGCCAAGUUACCGAACAUUGCUGUACCAUUGGUGCAGUACUUGCAGGGCUGGCAGGCGAGCAAGAUGAGGUCGCUGCCAAUAUCGGCAAUUCCGUCGUACGACACUGCAGGGGCGCCGAUGGACACCUCCGAGAGGUAUUCGUAGGAGCUUGCGUGUGCCAUAGCGGUGACGUUGGCCCCAGCGGACGAGCUCGCGGCGACCUUGCGAGCGAGAUCGAUUUGCCGCUGCCGGUGAAUGCAUCACAAGUUAUAAAGAAGAGUGCAAAGGAAAAGAGAAGCGUACAAAAUUGUUGCGUUUGGGCCAUGGUGAAUUUCUUAGGACAAACACUAUGUAAGAUGCAUAUAUCUAUGUGUGUGUGUGUGUAAAGUAUAAAAUAUAUGUAUCCAAGCUAUACAUUGUCGAAUGUGAGUGAGCUGACCCAAGCUCAUAUUCGACUGGUUAAAAUAUCGAGCUAAAAAUUUCAGCUCGUGUUCGGCUCGUUUAUUAUACAAACGAGUCGAUUUUGAGCCCAUUUUGAGCCAAAUAUGAACCGACUCGUGAACAGUGAGCUCGAAAGCCAGCCUUAUGGUCGACUAUUAAUGGAUAUGAUGAUUAUAUUUGCAAA